AUGUGAAUGUUUUGUCUUCUUGUUUUCGAUCGACUAUAUAUAAAUACACGUUUUGUGGUGACAGGACAUCGUAUUACCUCGACAUUUUGAUGCUAUUGAGAUCGCCAUUCACCAGUAAUUCCUUAAAGAUUACUUGGGGGUUUUCAAAAUAACAAUGACACUUGCCUGACUGACUGCGCCUGGUUUUGACUAAAAGCUAUGGAAAAGGACUCGCAAGCUGGUAUUGCCACCCCCGUUGUGGGAGGUUCCUCCAUCGGAGGCCUGGCUAGCCACAGUAGGUCGGAGGAUGAAGAGUCGACAGGGCUGAAGGAUGUGAAGAGGACAGCAGCACAGGCUUUCAGUGGUGGCGGUGGAGUGCCCAAACGCCGCAGCUCCUCCAGGUCAAUCAAGAGAAAGAAGUUUGAUGAUGAGCUGGUUGAGAGCAGUCUGGCCAAACCCUCCACCAGAGUGAAAGGUCCACCUGUCAUCGAGCCAAUCCGAUGCUCUGGCAGUGAGCCAUCCUCCAAUGAAAAGAAGAAGGUAUCAAAGGCAAGUUCCUCCAUCACGCCCCCUCUCACCAUGGUGAUCACCCCUCCGCCCAUCACUAAGAGGGUGAAGAAGACCAAACAAACAUUGCAGAUCACCAAGGACCUGGGCCGCUGGAAGCCCACUGACGACCUGCUUCUUAUCAAUGCUGUCCUGCAGACCACAGACCUCACAGCGGUGCACCUGGGAGUCAAGUUCAGCUGUCGCUUCACCCUGAGAGAGAUUCAGGAGCGCUGGUAUGCCCUGCUGUAUGACCCGGUCAUAUCCAAACUGGCCUGGCAGGCCAUGAGGCAGCUACAUCCGGAAGCCAUUGCUGCCAUUCAGGCCAAAGCGCUCUUCAGCCAGGCAGAGGAGGCCCUGCUGGCCAAGAUCAGCUCGAACAGUCAGCCCAAGCUGGAGGUGUUCCAGGAGCUGCUGAGUAAGCACCCGAGUGUGUUCUACCCCUCCCGCACACCCAAGAGCCUGAUGGUACACUGGCAGCUUCUCAAGCAGUACUACCUGCUGGAGGACCAGAGCGUACAACCCCUUCCCAAAGGAGACCAAGUCCUAAACUUCUCCGAUGCAGAGCAGCUGGUAGAUGAUGCCAAGUUAAAGGAAAGCAGGGAUGAGGUGCUUGAACAUGAGCUAAUGAUCUCCGACAGGCAUCAGAAGAGGGAGAUCAGGCAGUUGGAACAGGAGCUGCCCCGCUGGCAGGUGCUAGUGGACAGCAUCACAGGAAUGAACUCCCCGGACUUUGACAACCAGACUCUGGCUGCGUUGCGGGGGCGCAUGGUCCGCUACCUGAUGAGGUCAAGGGAGAUAACUCUGGGCCGAGCCACCAAGGACAAGCAGAUAGACGUUGAUCUCUCACUGGAAGGACCUGCAUGGAAGAUUUCAAGAAAACAAGGCAUUAUUAAACUGAAGAACAAUGGGGACUUUUUCAUCGCUAAUGAAGGCCGGAGACCCAUCUAUAUAGAUGGAAGACCUGUUCUGUCCGGCAACAAGUGGAAACUCAACAACAACUCUGUAGUGGAGAUUGCAGGCCUUCGCUUUGUGUUCCUGAUCAACCAGGAGCUCAUCUCCCUCAUCAAAGCAGAGGCAGCCAAGAUGAACCAGCAGUGACAUUUCUCUGGAAUAACUGCCCUAAUCCUGGGCCAGGAGGAGGCUGUGCUCCGGGGAGAUGGACUCUGAGGCCCUGGCUGAAUCCGUACAACCAGCUCCUCAACGCGAGUUUGUAGAGAUAAACUACUACUUCCUGCAGGCACGCAAUGAGACUGAUGAACACGUGUGAACAAUUCCACAUCACCACAGGGGAUUGUUUUUCAUGAUCCUAAUAGAGUUGGGAUAAUGAGCCAUACUCAGAAUGUAUGGAGUGGGAUGUUCUUAUUCAUGAACAGUUUACUGCCUUGAUAUUCAGAACAACAACCUUGAGUCAGGCAGAACACAUCGGAGUUAGCUCAAAGUUAAGGUUUUUUUACUUUCAGUUUGAGUUCUUCAAGUCAUCUCCACCUGCUUAAAACAAUUUUCUAGUUGAGCCCAAAGCUAAGUGUUUGACAUUCCUUGAAACUUCAUUUAUAGAUGAAGCUCCUGUGCUAACACACCAUCAAAUUCCAGGUAGAGAUACCAUACAAGAUGACACGUGCAUAUAGUUUGUCAGAGUUAUGGAUUAAUAACACAUCUUGGCCAUUAUUCUUGUUCAUGUCACUGUCAGAGGGCAGUCACUGAUGGUCAUUUUUUACUGGCAGGCACAUCCUAACCACAGUUGCACAAGCACCAGGCUCAGGAAACAGUCCAGUACAAAGGACUAUGUCUGUUCAUAUCAGCACCAUCAGCUUGAAAGUCCUCAAAGGGAAGCAUCUCUUUCUCAAGCCCUUAUUAAAGUGUGAUGUAGCCUUUCAAUAAAUGUUGUCCAAUCUAAA